AUGCCUACAUUACCUACUGCGUUUGCUGAAACAACAAAGAGAAGUCUUAACAACAAGGAAUUGGGACAAAGGGUUCUUGGACUUUAUAGAAAAUACCUUAGAAGUGCCCCAGUUUUCAUUGAAUUAUAUGAAUUAGAUUUACCAAUUGGUGUUGUUAGAACAAAAAUUAGACAAGAAUUUGAAAGAAAUAGAUUUCAAAAAGAUAUUAAUAUUAAUAAUGUCUUGUUAGCAAAAGGUCAAAUGGAAUAUCAAGAAUUGAUUAAUUUUUGGAAACAAAAUGCACAUGUUAUGCGUUAUUUUGAACAUGAAGGUGAUACAAGAUUUUCAACUGAUGCUAGAUUAACUGAUUCAUUUGUUGGUAAAUUCUUAAAAGGUUAUUGA